AAUGCACUCAGCUCUGCUGCUGUUAGGAACCCAGUUUAACUGUGAAUCAGAGCGUAGAACACAAGCAAAUCUCUCAAAAAGUGCUGUGAUGAACCUAGGACAUUCCCAAAGGAUGUCUAAACACCAGGACAGCGUGACACAUGAUGACCGGACUCGGUCUAUUCUUGACUCUGAGGCACUUCAGCCCCAGCUCACACACUCCAGGCUGAUCAUGGAAGAAGACAGUCCAGAGAGAAGCAUCAAUGGACUCCAGGACACAGAGAUUCCCAAACGCAGCGAUGUCAAAGUCUACAAGGAGUUCUGUGAUUUCUACGUGCGCUAUAACAUGACGAAUGCACUAGCCAAUGCCAUCUGUGAGCGCUGUAAGGCCAGCUUCACACCGACGGAGAAGAUCGUGAACAGUAAUGGUGAGCUGUACCAUGAGCAGUGCUUCGUCUGUGCGCAGUGCUUCCAGCAGUUCCUCGAGGGGCUCUUCUAUGAGUUUGAGGACAGAAAAUACUGUGAGCAUGACUUCCAGAUGCUGUUUGCUCCGUGCUGUCGCCAGUGUGGCGAGUUCAUCAUCGGCCGUGUGAUAAAGGCCAUGAACAGCAGCUGGCACCCUGACUGUUUCUGCUGUGAUCUGUGCCAGGCUGUGCUCGCUGACAUCGGCUUCGUGAAGAACACAGGCAGACACCUGUGCCGUCCGUGUCAUGAGCGUGAGAAGGCUCACAGUCUGGGGAAGUACAUCUGCCAGAAAUGUCAAGCUAUUAUUGAUGACAUCCCGCUGAUUUUCAAGAAUGACCCGUACCAUCCUGACCACUUCAGCUGCAGUAACUGCGGUAAGGAGCUGACGUCUGAAGCCCGGGAGCUGAGGGGUGAGCUGUACUGUCUGCCCUGUCAUGAUAAGCUGGGCGUACCCAUCUGUGGCGCCUGCAGGAGACCCAUCGAGGGCCGCGUGGUCAAUGCCAUGGGCAAACAGUGGCACGUGGAGCAUUUCGUGUGUGCUAAAUGUGAGAAACCAUUUCUUGGUCAUCGGCAUUAUGAGCGCAAGGGCCUGGCAUACUGUGAGACCCACUAUAACCAGCUCUUUGGAGAAGUCUGUUUCCACUGCAACCGCGCCAUUGAGGGAGAUGUGGUGUCUGCGUUGAACAAGGCCUGGUGUGUCAAGUGCUUCGGCUGCUCCACGUGCAACUCCAAGCUGACCCUCAAGGAUAGGUUUGUGGAGCUGGAUCUGAAGCCCGUGUGUAAGCACUGCUACGAGCGAGUGCCAGACGAGCUCAAGAGACGCCUGUCCAAACAAGACUCCAAAGACACGAGGAAGAAGAAGAUGCCCAUCUGUCUGUGACGUGUCUCCUCAGAGGAUCUGCAGCUGAACACCAGACCUCCAUCACUUCUGUUUCACCGGACCGGACAGAACUGAUCAGGAGCGGUCACAACUCUGAUCUCUGCUGCAGUUAACAGAGGAACGUCUUGAGUUCUGCUGGACUGUGUUUCAUGUCUGGUUGUUAUCACCGAAGGUUCAGCUGUAAUAACUGUAUUUUUGUUCACUAUUAAGAGCGUAACUGCACUAGAUGUGUGUGUCAGUCCUCAGACAGUAAAUCCAGUCCUGAAGCAGCUGUGUGUCUCCUGGAUGGGAAGCAGCGGUCAUCAUGGUCACUCAUUUACUCGCUCUCAUCUCACUUAAAGGGUUAGUUCACCCCAAAAAUUAAAGUUACCCCAUGAUUUACACACCCUCAAAGCAUCCGAGCUCUAGAUGACUGACUUCUUUCAGACAAAUCCAGUCAGUUAUAUUAAAAACAUCAUGGCUCAUCCACGUUUUACACAAUCCUUCUCAUUUUGGGGUGAACUACCACUUCCUUAAACGCAGAAUGACAUCACUAACUGAAGUUAGCAGUUCUCCUGAACUAAAGGAGAAACGGUAGGGGUGUUUUCCCUUGGUUCAGAAGUAUUUGACCCCUUGUACAGCUGAUCAAUGACAACACUUUGAAUAAAUCGUGAAACUCAA